AUGGGUCUCCUGGAGCUGGUGGCCUCAAACAUUGUUUUGCAAAUCGUUCGUUUGGCUAGUGACUUUGUGCUGUUGGUGAUCUUCAAUUACCUUAAAAGAAAACUCCAACAAAUGGCGUUCCUGAGGAUCGUGACGUUGUUGCUAUGGUUGCUGGUCGGUGUGGGUGCGGACUGCGGUCCAGACGACGGGGUCUUCAAGUGUCGGGACAUCUGCGGAGAGGAAGUGCAGGACGCCGGCAGUUACGGACGUCGGGUGACGUUUGUCGGAUCGACGCUGUUCUUGGACUGCGUUUGGCAGGCGGACCUCAAGGAGGUGAAACUGAUGUUGCCAACGGUCUGCGUCGGACGUCGUGUCGACAUGGAUUGUGUCGUGAUGCAGUGGAGGUGGUGCAAGGAGAUUGUGCCCCCUGAACCAGAAAUCUCAACGGCUGCAGUUCCGCCGGUGGUUGAUGAGCCUCGCCCAGUGGCGCCAAUGGCCAACCUGGUGGUUGUCCACGUGCUGGCGAGCAAAAUGCCGUUUGUGGUUUGGGCGCCGCCCUUGACGCAGCAAAGCAUCGUAGUGGCCCAAGAGGUGCCACACGUCAUUAGAGCACCGUUGUCGACGCCGGAGGUGACGGUCAACAUCAAACAUGGUGUUGCACACGUCGAGGCGGACGUGGACCCAUGGACUGCCAUGGUCCUGGUUUUUAUGGGCCUUGGAGGUGCUGGGGCUACGUCUUUGGCGGUCUUUUUGGUCUGA